AGAGAGAAAGAGACACACGCACACAUCCACAGAAGGGGCUCGGGAGACAGUCGCAGCGGGAGUUUACCGGGUGUUUUUGGGGAGAUGCUGUCCCCACCGAGGCGAUGGAUCAGGGACCAGUCUCCGGGCUCUGUCACCUCGUGUGUGAGGAGGGGGCUGUGCAGCAGGCGGCACUCUCUGUGGAUUCUACUCAUCCUGCUCGUGGUCUGCAUCGCCAUUCAGACCUUUGUUGCCCGCCAGGCCAGGUAAAGAAUGACAAGCUGACAGGACUCCCACAUCUGAGAUCUGUCAACAAACAGCACCUGUUUCCUACAGUGCUAAAUGUCUGGGAAAGCAUCCAAUCACUUACUGCAAAGACGGACGUGAAGUCACCUCAGACAGACAGAACUGCAGAUGUUCAUCAACAGAAUGAGGGAUACCGAAAACAACUGGAUUAUAUUCUGUCAAAACAUGUGGACAACCUUGCUAUAGACUCUCAGACGGAGGCAAGGAAAGCCUCUGCUGGGAAGCCACUUCUACCAAAACACGGAGCAAGCCUUGGACUUCAGGUUCCUCUGGCCCUCAACAGCACUAGGAAAAGUUUUAUUUCAGACACUCCCAAUCCGCCUAGUCUUUUAAAGGCUCACAUCAACAGUGUCCCUACUAAAGAAACCUGCCACCCAAAGUCUCACAUUGUUUUCCUGAAGACACACAAAACAGCAAGCAGCACCAUCUUAAACAUACUGUAUCGCUAUGGAGAAAGCAGGAACUUGACUUUUGCUCUCCCUCUGAACAAACACAGCCAGCUGUUUUACCCGUUCUCCUUUGCUUCACAUUUUGUGGAAGGUGUCAGCAGCCGAAGUUUGAGGGAGUUUCACAUUAUGUGCAACCACAUGAGGUUCAGAAAAUAUGAGGUUGCCAAAGUGAUGCCUAGGGAUACCUUCUACUUUUCCAUCCUGAGGAACCCUGUGGCCAUGAUGGAGUCCAUCUUCAUCUAUUACAGAAGCAUCCCAGCCUUCCACAAGACUCACAGCUUGGACAACUUCCUCGACAACAGUUGGAAAAACUACAACUCAUCGGUGACAAACAACCACUACGCUCACAAUAUCUUGGCUUUUGACUUUGGCUUCGACAACAACGUUGCACCUGGUGCUGAUGACCUGGAGGAGAGAACCAGCAUGGCCAUUGCAGCCAUUGAACGAGACUUCCACCUUAUUCUCAUCUCUGAAUACUUUGAUGAGUCCAUGAUCCUGCUCAAGCAUGUUCUCUGCUGGUCCCUGGAAGAUAUUGUUUCUUUUAAGCUCAACAGUCGCAGUGAAAAAUCCCGUCACCCACUUUUACCAGAAACUGCAGAGAAAAUAAAGAGGUGGAAUGCUUUGGACUGGAGGAUCUACCUGCACUUUAACACCUCAUUCUGGCUCAAAGUGGAUAGUCUUGUUGGGCAAGAGCAGAUGAAGAGAGAAGUCUCUCAGUUGAGAGAGCUACAGACUAAGCUGGCAAACAGCUGCCUGAAAGAUGGGGGGGCAGUUGACCCGUCCAAGAUAAAAGACGUGGGGCUAAAGCCCUUCCAGUAUGGAGCAGCUGUAAUUCAGGGAUAUAACUUAAACCCAGACUUAGACACACAGACCAAAAUUAAAUGUCAAAGACUUAUAACUCCAGAACUGCAGUACACAGCCCGUUUAUACACCCAGCAGUUCCCAGAGCUGGCCGCUAAGCACAAACAAGAAACUAAGGGGGUGUCUCCACGGCGACAGCGCUCUGACAGGACUGGUAUGACUGGAAGAGCCUGGGCAAGGGACGCCCAUUACAGACAGAUGAUGAGACGCAAAUUCUCUAAUCUAAAGAACCAAAGAGCCUUGACAAGUGCCCUGUUACCACACACUGACGCUAACAACAAUACAAGUUUGCCAUGAUUGGUCACUGCGACUAAUUGUCAUUGUAAAUGUUUGUUUUAAUGGGAGCAGCUCCGUUUUGUCUCAUACUAUAUUUCUAGCAUUACCCUGGCAUGGUAUUAUCCAUCAUAUCCAACAAAAUGAAAAUGUUAAGAUGGACCAAACAUUAUUUUGCAUUUGUUAUAGCCUUACAAAUACUGAAGUUAAAAAUGUAAAGGUGUUCUUUAAGGUGAUGAUACAGAGUUUUUACAUGUGUUAAGUUAAAUUAAGUUAAUUUGAGUUAGGUUAUACUUACGUUUAUUGUCAAUUCUACUUACAGGUUUAUAACCUGCUAACUAACAGUUCAAAUCUAUGAUAAAAGCAAUCAACUUUUACCGGUUGCUCUUUCCAUCUCAAGUAAAUAUAAUAUCCCUUAUUCUCUUGUCUAUUCCAAAUAAUGGUAACUGUCCAGCCUAAUCAGUCAUUUGACCAACUAUCAUAAAAAGGAAAACACCAUUAUUCUCCUAUCAGCAAUAAAUCAUAGCACAACAAUAUCUUACAGUUCCAGAAACUAAGCGGGUGGUGGGGGGGAAUAGAAUGUUUUUUGCUAGUGCUAAUAAAGGUAGCGCUAGUUGUUUUUAUAAUAUCCCAACCAAUAGAUCCAUAGUAUUGCCUUAAACCCACCCAUGAUAUAGCCUAAUCCCUUGGUUUAAACAUCACCCUUCCCACAGAGCGGAUAACAUCAACAGCACACUUGGCAGACUACAGUAAAAUAGCAAUGCAGGAAUUAUUAAAUUAUUUUUUCAAUAACAACAAUAUGAGGCUAUAAUGUGUUUAGUCAUUUCACUUCUGCCAGUCAACACACAUUUCUUAUUACAUUUAACUUUAAGAGAUGUAUCAGUUAGCUAAGUCUGUGCAGUUAACUCUUCAACUGUUUCAUGUCUGAGGUCUGUUUACAUGUUGUUAAAUGUGUCAACACAUCAGAUGUUGAAACAGCUGUUUCUACCAGCCUCCCUCUGCAGAUUUUGACAGAGAGUUGUUCAGGAAUUCACAACAUAUCUGACAUCGUAAGAUUUCAUGAUAAAUAAAAGUAUUCCGAUUAUGAAAGAGUAACUAUACGUUAUUACAGGCUGCAAUGUGGAAUAGUUAGACAUAACAGUUCUCUAUUCCUACUACUUAACGUUAGCAUUCUACUUAACAAGCUAACAAAAGUGAGCUAUCUGUCCAAACUAGCUUUAGUUCCCUAGCUAUCUAACAAGCUAACUGAGGAAAUGUUAGCUAUGUUU